AUGUCCUCUUUCUUGCCGUGCGGCGAUGGCAUCGAUUUCAAUGUCUGGCAAACACAGCUUGAUCGAAUUUUCGUUCCACGCUCGAAAUACCCUAUUCUUCGUUUGAUUGGGCCGGAGAAUGUUGUCAAUCUUCACCUUGAAAUGCCAGACCCUGGCGAUGUUGCUGAACUGCGAUGUACCACGGCACCGCUUCCCGCAGACAUACACGGUCUGGAGAUGAAUGAAACUAGUCACGCGCACUGCUUCGCGGACGUGUACAUGUUUCUCAAGCAGCAGGGUCUGGAGAAAUGGAGGCUGCCGCGAGCAGCAAGCGAAACAAUCAGUUUUCAGGCAAAGUUUUGGAUGUAUUCGAUCAUAACGUGUCUGGCCUCUGCUCGAGGGGCAUUCUUCUUGCAAAUCGCUGUCACCCAGGAGCCGCCAUUGGCAUCUUUGUGGACCCGUCUAUAUCCACACAUUCCGUGCCCGCAAGAAGCUUUGCGCGAGUCGAUGCGCUCAGUUGCAAUGCAUGUCGAGGAAGAAGCCGCAACCUUGGAUAUGGCCUGGAGCUUGUUCGUAUCAUGGCGCGAGGCAUUCGCACAGUACUGGAUCCACGACGUUCGUUUUGACGACCGUACAAAGCAGCCUUCCAACACGGCCAUGAGGCAGGGACGAGUGACCCUCAGCGGUAUGGAAGCCCACACAGCGAUAGUAGAAAGAAUGAACGCCCACAUCAGGGCCGAACGAUCACCGUAG